UGUGCAGGGACAGACUGACAACUCAUGGGCCUUUCUCAACUGUGGUGCCGCCUGAGGUCCACAGGAGUGCCGUAGCGUCGUGGUCAGGGGUGGACUGACAACUCAUGGGGCCCCCGGGCAAUAGGGGAUCAUGGGGCCCCGUGUCCUUGUCCAAACUCAAAAAAGCCUAUGAAAAAGGUACCAGGGGCAUCUCAUGGGGUCCCCUACUGACCCCGGGCCCUCGGGCAGUGCCCGAGUUUCCAAAUGAUCAGUCCGCCCCUGGUCGU